AUGCCCUUACCAGCUCCUCGCUACCCGUACGUUCGCUCCCAUCCCGGCUCUUCCGAGCAGGAGAUAGCUGCCGAGCCUGACUGGGGUGCUGGGCAUAAUCAUCGCAUUGGUUAUAGAAAUCGACAUGGCCGAGUUGCGGGCCUUACCCACGAGGGUGACCAUGACCCGUACAAUGAUGAAGAUCAUCGCAAGUUCGUCCAAGACGCGAUGCAAAAACAUCGAGAUUUAAGAAAGAGGACGGAGAAAGGCGACCUCCUGAACUUUCAAGACGUGGCAAGAGGCCAAACGGACUUCCAUAGUCACCGACCCGACGCUUAUCCGCCUGGGUGGCGGGUUGUUGUUGAUGCCCGAGAGGAAUGGGUCAAGCAUGAGCAAGACUGGCCGGCAAAUAUCAAACUGCGAGAGAAGCAGGAGAAGCAGAGAAUGGAGGAGUUGGAAGCGAAGAAGAAGCUGGGCGUCAGAAGUGGUGAGGAGGACCACAACGAAGAACACGACUGGCGUCGCGACAACAGCGAAACUUCAGAGAAGCACCAUGAGGCUUACAGUAAAUCUGGAGGGGAGGCUACCCAGCAGCAGCACAACGGAAAGAUAACGAGUGGUCACAACGGAGAUCAGAAGACCGAAUACCAGAAACUGCGAGAGAUAUACAGCCCUCAAGAAAUAACCUUGCUGCGCCUUCUGCAGCACGAGCGUGACCAGACAAAGGCCUUCCAGCAGAAUGAUGGUCGACGAGACUCGCCGGUGAAAGAAGAGGUUCGGAACACGCCGAUCGAAAUCGAUGCCAUCGACGCCAUGACUCCCGAUAAUUGGAUACCACGCAGCAGCAACCUUGUUCGGAAUACAGGCCAGCAUCCCAUGAAUGCAGAGCCUCGACUGGAUGCCCUCUUUUCCGCCGGCCUGGUCACUCCGAACAAUUUGCAUUAUGUGCGCAAUCAUGCGAGCGUUCCUCGGCUGCUUUGGGACACUCACAUCCUCGACGUCUGUGACGGCACGCUCAGGCUUUCCAUGGACGACCUGAAGAACGGCUUUGAGGCGUACAACAUCCAGGUUGCACUAGGCUGUGACGGUAAUCGCCGAGGCGAGUUGAACCUGAUCAAGAAGAGUAAGGGGUUCAGCUGGGGGCCGGGGGCCAUCUCCUGCGCCUUUUGGAAGGGCGCAAUGCUGUACGACGUGCUCUCUGCCGCAGGAGUCGACGGCACAAGCUCGAAUGAAGGUCGGCAGUGGGUCAACUUCGAGGGCGCCGACGAGCCCAGUGAAGGAAAAUACGCGACGUCUAUACCUCUUGACUAUGUCAUGGAUCCUGCCAACGACGUGAUGCUGGCAUACGAAAUGAACAACUCACCGCUGCCCCCCGAUCACGGAUUCCCCGUGCGAGUGCUGAUCCCCGGCUUUGUAGGCGGCCGGAGCGUCAAGUGGUUGUCUCGAAUCUGGAUCACCGACCAUGAGAACGAAUCCUACUACCAUAUAUGGGACAAUCGUGUGCUCCCCUCCUUCAUCACCGAGAAAGACGGCGAGUUUGCACGAACCAUGUUCAACCAUCCUAGCACGGCGUGCAUGGAACAGAACCUCAACAGCGUCAUUGUGCGGCCGGGACAAGGCGAGACACUCGAAAUGGCCGACCUGUUGAAAAGCGACACUUACCGUGUGCAAGGGUUUGCUUACGAUGGUGGUGGCCAUGAAGUCCAACGCGUUGAACUCUCUCUCGACAACGGCGCCACCUGGUUGUACUGCCUUCGCCACUUCCCCGACCGUCCUGUCCGCAAUGGCCGCAAAUUCUGGACGUGGGUCCAUUGGCACAUCGACAUCGACAGUGCACACCUGGCUCGCGCCGAGUCCCUGACGGUGCGCUGCUUCAACGUGUUCAAAAACACCCAGCCGCAACACCCAGUAUGGAACCUGAUGGGCAUGAUGAAUAAUGGAUGGUACGUGGUAAAGUUGUCCGUGGACACCAAGGGACAACUCCUCUUUCGGCAUCCUUACCAUCAGGAGGGAACUAAUGAGGGCUGGAUGACUCCCUCCACGGAAAACCAACUCGCCGCUGCGAAACAGGACGCCGGCGUUCCCGACAAACAGUUCACCCGGCAGGAGAUCGAAUCCCACAACUCCAAGGACGACGCUUGGCUUGUGAUCAACGGCAAUGUCUACGACGUGACGAGCGUGCUGGCGUGGCACCCCGGCGGCACUGCAACAAUCCUCGCUAACGCGGGCAAACUGUCUCUCGAAGUCACGAGCGCAUUCGAGAGCAUCCACGAUGACUACGCACACAAGAAACUCCAGGAAUGUGUGAUUGGGCGGGUCAGCGAGAAGGCCGAGACCUUCAUGCGUGAGCAGGCGAAAGCAGAGGCUGAGAAGGAAAAGAUGAGCGGGAACGGCAACCACCACCAAGUACUGCUGCAGAGCAAGAAAUGGGUGCCGGUGAAACUGGUGGCGAGAAAGCAGCUUUCCAACGAUACUUUCGCCUACACCUUCUCGUACAGAGACACCUAUCCUGCGAACAGUCCGAGCAAAAGCCGCCUCAAGCUCGGUCUCGGCACAUGCCAACACAUCCAGAUGGGAAUUCACAUGCUGGACAAACUCCUGAUCCGCUCGUACACGCCGACCCGCCCCGUUAUUGGUCUUGACAGCACCGACGACGACGAGACCUUCGAACUCACCAUAAAGACAUACUUUCCUGACGAAAACCAGCCCGGCGGCGCAUUCAGCAAUUUCCUCCACGAACUACCGCUCGGCCAGACUGUCGAAGCCAACGGCCCCACCGGCGAGAUCACAUACAUGGGCAACGGACGCUUCGACAUUGAAGGUAAAACCCGCGUGUUCCACAAGGUCAACCUGAUCCUCGGCGGGAGCGGGGUCACUCCAGGAUACGCGCUCCUACAGCGCGUAGCACAGGAAAGCCUGACUAGCGACGACAGCAAUGCCCAUGUUCACAUCCGAGUCGUCGACGCGAAUAAGUCCGAACAAGACAUCCUCCUCCGCGAGCAACUCCAUGACAUCGAGCAGCGGAGCGCUGGGAGGAUUCAAAUCACCCAUGUCAUCAGCCAUGCCGCUGACCAAGAUCAAUGGGGGAGAGAUGGCGGAUUGACCGGCCACAUCAACGCCCAGAUAAUCCGGGAAAAGCUGUUCCCACCGGCAGUGGUACGCCAAAAUGGUAACCACGUUGACACGGACGACACCCAGACGUCUACACGAGGAGAGGAGGGGGAGAUGGCAGGAGUCGUCACGUUCCUUUGUGGUCCGCCGAGCAUGAUCCAAAAAGCUGCAUUGCCUGCUUUGAGAGACUGGGGUUUCAUAGAGGAUGAGGAUUGCUUUGGGUUCUAG